AUGUGUUUAAGUUUUCAGGAGACAGUGAUGGGUCAAACGUUGAGUGAGCCGGUUACCACGAAGGAAACCGCUUCUUGUGGAAAUUCUAUGUAUAAAAUAGGUAGCUCCUGUAUGCAGGGUUGGCGUAUCAACAUGGAAGAUUCACAUACGCAUCUCUUAGCUAUCCCUGAUGAUAAUCAAGCAGCUUUUUUUGCUGUUUACGAUGGCCAUGGUGGAGCAAAAGUAUCGCAGUAUGCUAGCAUUCAUCUGCACAAAUUCAUCACCAGUAAUUCAUAUUAUGCCGAGGGUAAUAUAGAAGACGCAAUAAAGCAAGGUUUUUUGGCAUUAGAUGAAAAAAUGCGAAAUGAUGAUGAAACACGGGAUGAUAUGUCAGGCACCACUGCAGUGGUGGUUCUCAUAAGAGACAGAAAGAUUUACUGCGGUAAUGUUGGCGAUUCAAGAGCAGUAGCAUGCAUUGCUGGUAUUGCACGUCCACUGAGCUUCGACCAUAAGCCAGCAAAUGAGCUAGAAGCAAGGCGAAUAGUUGCAGCUGGUGGUUGGGUUGAAUUCAAUCGAGUAAAUGGCAAUUUAGCAUUAUCUCGUGCUUUGGGUGAUUUCGGUUUUAAAAAAAAUGAGCAAAUGCCUCCGGAAGGACAAAUUGUAACCGCUUGCCCCGAUGUAGUCGUCUGUGAUCUAACUUACGACCAUGAGUUUAUCAUACUGGCCUGUGACGGUAUAUGGGAUGUUAUGUCGAAUCAAGAAGUUAUUGAAUUUUGCAGGAGUAGGUUGGCCACUGGUCAUGAACCUGAAGCGGUAAGUUUAUAUGCUUCUAAUAUGACUAAGAAUCUGUUGAUUAUAACUCUUUUUGAGCGCUGUGUUUAA